UGUACAGUAUCUGUUUGUGCUUUAAUUUGCUGUAUUUUUUUCCUACCUACCACCUGAUCCUGGCCGCUGGGAACUGAUGCUUAAUGAUCAGCCAUUAAAUUCUGGGGGCAACAAUACAGUGCCAGAUCCCCCAGUACUUUGCCUAACGACAAAAACAGAGGACCAAGACGAGCUUCACAGAUUCUCCUUUGCUGGUCAUUUACUGGCUGAUGAAGACCACAUUAAAAGCGGACUAGUGUAUAGCAUUUUGAAAAGCGCAUGGAGACUGAGUGGAGGAUUAGAAGUCCAUGAGCAAUCAAAGAACACCUUUAUUUUUAUCCUUUCGGAUGGAAAGGAGAAAGACCGCAUCUUCCGAGAGUCUCCUUGGUUUGUGAAGGGAUCCCACAUCAUCCUCAAGGACUGGCCUGAUUCACAGAGAUUUGAUGAAAUUUCCUUUUCACACUCAGCCUUUUGGGUUCAAGUCCAUGGAUUACCAAAAGGUUGUAUGACUCUUGAAAAUAUUCAAAUCAUUGGCUCCCUAUUUCCCCGUUUAAUUUCUUGGGACAAAUCUGUCAUGGGAGGCGUGAAGAGCUUUCUGCGUUUACAGGUCGAGCUAGAUGUUCAUAUUCCCCUGCUAUCAGGUUUCCAGUUCCGCACGCAGGAGGAUGAAGUUUGCUCAGCUGAAUUUAAAUAUGAAAAAUUAGUUGAUUUCUGCUAUAGAUGUGGCAUGUUGGGACAUACCAAAAAAACUUGCACUGAUUUUAGAUGGACAGACGACGAUGGAAACCCUACCACUCAAUCUCACCCUCAAUAUGGUCCACAUAUGAGGGCUCCAGCUUACUCUCCGAGGAAGCACUUUGGCUCCAUUCAUGAGGCCAAACAUAAUCUCUGGGUGAAUGCUGAAGCUCUGGCCAUGAGACCACAACCCGGCGAGAGGAAGGACAGCCGUGAAGAAGCUGCUGUAGAAGGGCGCGUGAAUCAAUACCCACCACAAAAGCCACCCACUGCUUUAAUGGAGGGUGAUCUUUCCCAUAGAGGCAUCAUUACUCUUCCAGCUGGGAGAUUAGGAUCCUCAUCGGCAUCUAUUGUCACUCCAAUGCAGCACACCCCUCCAUUAAAUGCGAUGGAGACCAGUGAACAAGAUUUUUUAUCUGCUCAGCCUCUAGACACGUCUAGCACCUUGAACCAGCUAUCCGGACUUCAACUACCUAUUGCUACUAUCCAAACAGAGCCGGAGAUGCCUUGUCAGGACUUUGAAAUGGGCCUCUUACUUUCUGAGCAAAUAGAGACCCAUUUAUCACUGGGAAAGCUGACAAACCGGGGGACAAAACGAAAAACUGAUUUUAGCCCAUUGGAGCAAAUAUUUGAACGGACUUGUAUUAGAGAUACUGAGGCUUCUGGACUCCAGUGUUCCCCCCGUCAAUUACAACAAGCUUUAGCCCAAGAUAGACCUGAAUUCCACGUUCAAGACCAACUCGGUUUCUUCUCGGAUGUGGAUGAGACUAUCACCGUGAGAAAAGUUCGAAGAAGACUUCAGCAGAAAGCUCUUGCUCGUCAAGUAAGGUUCCAGCCGGAUGCCCGAUCUCUCCUCUUCCAAGAUUUUCAUCCCACGCAACUCUCCUUCAAUGACCCCCCUUUCAUUCCCGUGGCUCCUCUUGUCAACACAUUGCCGGAUCCGCAAGGCUAUUCAGGGGGUCUAGCCUUGUGGUGGACGAAUGAAGUUCAUAUCUCGAUUUUCUUCUCUGACAAAAAUCUGAUUGAUGGAAGCUGCUCUGAUGCAGACUAUAAUAUUACUUGGCAUUUCUCUUUUAUCUAUGGGGAACCUAAUACCCAACUUCGAAGAACUAUGUGGAGUAGAGUGAUGAAUGUGCGGCGCCCUCCAGAAAUUCCCUGGCUGGUAAUGGGGGACCUUAAUCUGGUAGGGGAUAGCUUUGAUAAAAAAGGUAAACGCCCACCCUUGGUCACAGACAGAAGGUUGUUAGAAGAGUUUACCAGCUCAGGUUUGCUCGGGGAAAUUGCAUACAAAGGAGCCAAAUACACAUGGUCAAGAGGAGCCAUUUUUGAAAGACUUGACCGUGCGUUGAUUAAUGAUCGGUGGGGUCAACUCUAUCCUAAUGCUCAAUUGUUUCAUUGCACCAGAAUUGGCUCUGAUCAUUGCCCACUUUUACUAUGUUUAAAAGCUAUUCCUGUGCUCUCCAGGCGACAAUUUCGUUAUGAACUUACUUGGCAACAGCAUAAGGAUUAUGAAGGAGUAGUUUCUCAGGGCUGGGCAACAGACCGAUCUGGCUCCCCUCUCUACUGCAUGGCCUCUAAAAUCUCUCAUUGUAGGAAACAUCUGCUCAGUUGGAAGAAGCAUACUGGUUCCAAACAGCCCGCACCAAUUGGAUGCUCCUUGGCGAUAGGAAUUCCAAGGAGAACCAUUCGUGACAACAUUCUAAUUGCACAUGAAGCUUUCCAUGGCUUACAUUUGAAAAAGUCAGCUACUUCUGCAAAGAAAAUCAGUGGCUAUAAGAUCAGAAGACGAAGCCCUACUAUUAGCCAUCUUCCCUUUGCAGAUGACUCCCUAAUAUUCUGUCGGGCCACAAUGGAAGAGGCUUGGAGAUUAUUGCAAAAUCCUAAUGCAGUAUGGGUACGUGUCUUAAAAAGCUUAUAUUUCCCAAACUCUUCCUUUUUGACAGCCAAAAAAGGAAGUCAUCCCUCUUGGGCAUGGUCAAGCAUUCUAAAAGGCAGAGACAUUGUUCAAAUCGGAAUGAGAUGGAAUGUUGGGAUUGGUCAAAAUAUCUUGAUUUACCAAGACAGCUGGGUUCCCACUUUGCCUGGUUUUAAGGUGAACUCUCCCUCUGAAACUCAUUCUGUGUUCUCUUAUGUAUGUGAGCUACUUGAUCAUAAGAGGGAAUGGGAUAUUGCAAAAUUAAAUGCUAGCUUCAGUAAUCAAGUGAGUAGGGAAAUUCUUAAAAUCCCAACCGGAGCUUGUGGUGACUCUCUGGUGUGGCACCAUGAUAAAUAUGGUAACUUUUCAGUCAAAAGUGCUUACUUACUAGCAUAUAAUGCUGCCCCUGAGCUAGGGAUGCUUUCUACCAAUAGGAGCCUGAACACGGUCAAGUGGAAACACUUAUGGAAGUUGAAAGUCCCCUCAAAGGUUCGUAUUUUCUUGUGGAGAGCAAUACUUAACUCAUUGCCUUCCUUAGACAAUUUGGCAAAAAGAGGAAUUACACAAGAAACAACAUGCUCGAAUUGUCAUAUGGCCGAUGAAACCUUAAUGCAUCUUUUAUUUUACUGCCCUCAUGUGGAACCAAUACGGUUUGGUUCAGCCUUGGGACUUAAUCCUAGGCAACUGAGGGUGAGCUGCUUUAGUGAAUGGUGGAAAUACAUCACUGGUACUGCUAAGCAAAUGGGAUUACCAUGUCUGGUAGAACAAUGUGCUAUUAUAUGUUGGCAUAUAUGGAAGGCAAGAAAUGAGCAAUUUUUUGAACAUGUUGUCCUAAAUCCCCACCAAAUCCUUGCUCGUAUUUCUGCUAUGACCCAAGAAUGCUCCUCUCUCUUACACACAAAGUUGCUGGCUACCCCUUCCAGAUCACGAGAACAGGGCAAACAGCAGCAAACAUCUUGGGUCAAACCUCCUAUGGGCUUCCUCAAAGUCAAUGCGGACGCUUCUUACUCCUCCCAAACAAGUUCUGCAGCUUUUGCCAUGGUAGCUCGCAACUUUAAAGGUGAAAUAUGUUUUGGCAAUUCAUGGCUCUCAGUAGCACUUUCACCACUUAUGGCAGAGGCUGCCGCUCUAUACAAAGCUGUGCAAUACGUGGAAAGCCUGGGAACUUACAAUGUAUUUUUUGAAUCGGACAAUCAGGCCUUAAUUGCUCACCUUUUGCAACCCGACAAACCCAUCCCAUGGGAGAUUAGGUCUCUCAUCUUAUCCAUCAGACAAAUUGCUCAUCGCCACCAGGAUUUUUGGUUUUCAUAUGUACCAAGGAGGGGUAACAAGGUUGCUGACUGGGUGGCAAAACAAUCACUUAAAGGGCAAUACCCCUUUUUUUGGGCACAUAGGCCUCCCAAUGUAAUGCUCUCAUCAUUGCUACAGGAUGGUCUCUGUAAAUAAUGUACAUUAUUCUGCAAUAGUAUAUAAAUUACCUUUUCUCAA